AGUUUUUCAGAACAGAAUUUAAUCAAAAAACUUCGGUGGACAGGAGAUUGUCCAAGUGGUUUGUUCACCUGUUGGCUGUUGGCUUCUAAAUAAACGAGGCAAGCAAUCAGCCAAAGGGGAGAGACCGAGGACCAAGUGGAGGUCCCUGGACAAGAUGUCGCAGCAUUUCACAUCGAUAUUGGAGAACCUGCGCUUUGUGACCAUCAAAAGGACGCCAAAUGCACAGCAGCAACAGCAGGCACAGCUGCAGCAGCAGCAGCAACAGCAGCAACAGCAGCAACAGCAACAGCAACAACAGCAGCAACUGCAACAGCAGCAGCAUCUAAAGGCUGCACAGCAACAAAAUAGCAGAAAAAUCAAAGCUCAAGUCCCGACAGUGAAUGGCAAUGGACCCUUGACCGCCGGUGGCGACUCUUCGCCUUGCCAUGAAGUGGACCAUGCUGGAGGAGCAGCCACCUCUGGUGCAGCUGCAGCUGCUGCUGCUGGUGCUGGAGGCGCCUCGUCAAGUGGCGGCACGCCAUUGAAGCACCACAAGAGAGCCAGCAUCUCGGCGGCAUCAUCGCCGCCGAUUCGCGAACGUCGUGGCACCAACACCAGCAUCGUCGUUGAGCUCGACUCGAGUGGCCAGGCGACAGGAUGCACUGCCUCGGGCAGCGGCACGGCGUCGGGGAAAAGUUCCCGAGAACUUUCGCCCUCGCCCAAAAACCAACAGCAGCCGAGGAAAAUGUCACAGGAUUAUCGGUCGCGUGCCGGCAGCUUUAUGCACCUGGACGACGAGGGACGCAGCCUGCUGAUGCGCAAGCCGAUGCGACUGAAGAACAUCGAGGGCAGGCCCGAGGUCUACGACACGCUGCACUGCAAGGGUCGCGAGAUCCUUUCCUGCUCGAAGGCCACCUGUACGGGCAGCAUCAUGCACAUUGGAAAUGCGGCGGUGGAGGCUCGCAAGACGGACCUGAUCCUGGAGCAUGCCAAGGACUUUUUGGAGCAAUACUUUACCUCGAUAAAGCGUACAUCAUCCACCGCCCACGAAACGCGAUGGAAACAGGUGCGCCAAAGCAUCGAGGCCACGGGCCAUUAUCAGCUAACCGAAACCGAGCUGAUUUACGGAGCCAAAUUGGCCUGGCGCAAUUCUUCUCGUUGCAUUGGCCGCAUACAGUGGUCCAAGCUGCAGGUAUUUGAUUGUCGUUAUGUGACCACUACGAGCGGCAUGUUUGAGGCCAUUUGCAACCACAUUAAAUAUGCCACAAAUAAAGGCAACCUGAGAUCGGCCAUCACGAUAUUUCCCCAACGCACAGAUGCCAAACACGAUUAUCGCAUUUGGAAUAAUCAGUUAAUAUCAUAUGCUGGCUAUAAGCAGGCAGAUGGAAAAAUUAUUGGGGAUCCCAUGAACCUGGAAUUUACAGAGGUCUGCACCAAGCUGGGAUGGAAGAGCAAGGGCACCGAGUGGGACAUACUGCCGUUGGUGGUAUCGGCCAACGGUCAUGAUCCGGACUACUUUGAUUACCCGCCGGAAUUGAUAUUGGAAGUGCCGCUGAGUCAUCCCAAAUUCGAAUGGUUCACAGAGCUGGGACUACGAUGGUACGCCCUGCCCGCCGUGUCCAGUAUGCUGUUCGAUGUGGGCGGCAUCCAGUUUACGGCCACCACAUUCAGUGGCUGGUACAUGUCCACGGAGAUUGGCUGCCGGAAUUUAUGCGACACAAAUCGCCGCAAUAUGCUGGAGACAGUGGCGCUGAAAAUGAACCUGGACACUCGGACACCGACGUCCCUGUGGAAGGAUAAGGCCGUCGUGGAGAUGAAUAUCGCGGUGCUGCAUUCGUAUCAGAGUCGCAAUGUGACUAUUGUGGAUCACCACACGGCCAGCGAGAGCUUUAUGAAGCAUUUCGAGAAUGAGUCAAAGCUGAGGAAUGGCUGUCCCGCUGAUUGGAUUUGGAUCGUGCCGCCGCUGUCGGGCUCCAUCACGCCGGUGUUCCACCAGGAGAUGGCGCUGUACUACCUGAAGCCCUCGUUCGAAUACCAGGAUCCCGCCUGGCGCACUCACAUCUGGAAGAAGGGUCGCGGCGAGAGCAAGGGCAAGAAGCCAAGACGUAAAUUCAAUUUCAAACAAAUCGCUAGGGCUGUGAAAUUUACAUCGAAGCUAUUUGGAAGGGCUUUGUCGAAGCGCAUCAAGGCCACGGUAUUGUAUGCCACCGAAACUGGUAAAUCGGAGCAAUAUGCCAAGCAAUUGUGUGAGCUGCUGGGACAUGCAUUUAAUGCACAGAUAUAUUGCAUGUCCGACUACGAUAUAUCCUCCAUUGAGCACGAGGCCUUGUUAAUUGUUGUGGCCUCCACCUUUGGCAACGGAGAUCCCCCCGAAAAUGGCGAGCUCUUCUCGCAGGAAUUGUAUGCGAUGCGUGUCCAGGAGUCGGGCGAGCAUGGAUUGCAGGACUCCAGCAUUGGCUCCUCCAAGUCCUUCAUGAAGGCCAGCUCGCGGCAGGAGUUCAUGAAGCUGCCACUGCAACAGGUGAAGCGCAUUGACCGCUGGGACUCGCUGCGGGGCUCCACCUCGGACACCUUCACCGAGGAGACAUUCGGCCCCUUGUCCAACGUCCGCUUCGCUGUCUUUGCCCUCGGCUCCUCGGCCUAUCCCAAUUUCUGUGCAUUCGGACAGUAUGUGGACAACAUACUCGGGGAGCUGGGUGGCGAGAGGCUGCUGAAGGUGGCCUACGGAGAUGAGAUGUGUGGCCAGGAGCAGUCCUUCCGGAAAUGGGCACCCGAGGUGUUUAAGCUUGCUUGUGAAACCUUCUGCCUGGAUCCAGAGGAGAGUCUCACGGAUGCCUCACUUGCCCUGCAAAACGAAUCCCUGACAGUAAACACGGUAAGGUUGGUGCCGGCUCCCAGCAAGGGUUCUUUAGACAGCAGCCUGUCCAAGUAUCACAACAAGAAGGUGCACUGUUGCAAGAUCAAGGCGCAGCCCCAUAACCUGACCCGGCUGAGCGAGGGGGCCAAGACCACAAUGCUGCUGGAGAUCUGUGCUCCGGGGUUGGAUUAUGAGCCCGGCGACCAUGUGGGCAUCUUUCCGGCCAAUCGAAAGCAGCUGGUGGACGGUCUUAUUGAUCGCUUGGCGGGUGUGGAUAAUCCGGACGAGGUAUUGCAGUUGCAGCUGCUGAAGGAGAAGCAGACCUCGAAUGGCAUCUUCAAAUGCUGGGAGCCGCAUGACAAGAUUCCGCCGGAUAGCCUAAGGAACCUCCUGGUGCGGUUCUUUGACUUGACCACGCCGCCAUCGAGACAGCUGCUCACCCUGCUGGCGGGUUUCUGCGAGGAUGCGGCGGACCGGGAGCGACUGGAGCUGCUGGUAAAUGACUCCUCAGCCUAUGAGGACUGGCGUCACUGGCGACUGCCCCACCUGUUGGACGUUCUGGAGGAGUUCCCCUCCUGUCGUCCACCGGCGCCCUUAUUGCUGGCCCACCUAACGCCCCUGCAGCCGCGUUUCUACUCCAUCUCCUCGUCCCCGCGUCGGGUCAGUGAUGAGAUCCACCUGACGGUGGCCAUUGUCAAAUAUCGCUCGGAGGACGGAGAUGGUGAUGAACGCUAUGGCGUCUGCUCCAACUAUCUCUCGGGACUGCGGGCGGACGACGAGCUCUUCAUGUUCGUGCGCAGCGCCCUGGGCUUCCAUCUGCCCAGCGACCGAAGUCGUCCCAUCAUCCUAAUUGGACCUGGCACGGGCAUCGCUCCCUUUCGCUCCUUUUGGCAGGAGUUUCAGGUGUUGCGCGAACUGGACCCCGUGGCACCGCUGCCCAAGAUGUGGCUCUUCUUUGGCUGCCGCAAUAGGGAUGUGGACCUGUAUGCCGAGGAGAAGGCACAGCUGGAGAAGGACCAGAUCCUGAAUCGAGUUUUUCUGGCACUGUCCAGGGAGCCGGCCAUUCCAAAGACAUAUGUGCAGGACCUGAUUGAGCAGGAAUUUGAUUCGUUGUACCAGCUGAUUGUCCAGGAUCGGGGCCACAUCUACGUCUGCGGCGAUGUCACAAUGGCCGAGCAUGUGUACCAGACCAUCAGGAAGUGCAUUGCCGGCAAGGAGCAGAAAACCGAGGCGGAAGUUGAGACAUUUUUGCUAACAUUGCGGGACGAGAGUCGCUACCACGAGGACAUCUUUGGAAUCACGCUGCGAACGGCUGAGAUACACACAAAGUCGAGGGCCACCGCCAGGAUCCGCAUGGCAUCGCAGCCGUAAAAGGGAUUAAUAUCCUAGCACUAAUCAAAAUAUGAGGAACUGGGAUUAUUAACUCCCCGGAACUGAAGAAUACCAAGACAUUUAACUUUUAUUUCUUCCAUAUUUAAAUGCUAUUAAAUAUUGUCGCUUUGUUCAUUAC